CCUCUAACUUAGCUGUAUGUGAGUGUAGACAGUUAUAAAAUAAGGAUGGCCGAUGACAACACGUGCCGAGUUCUCUCCAUACAGAGUUCUGUAGUUUACGGGUAUGUGGGGAACAAGAGUGCCUCGUUUCCUUUGCAGCUUCUGGGAUUUGAUGUUAGCCCGAUUAACUCUGUCCAGUUCUCAAAUCAUACAGGUUAUAAAACGUUUAAAGGCCAAGUUCUUCACUCAGGGGAAGUAUCCAAUCUGUAUGAGGGACUUAAGCUCAAUGGCAUUACCAAAUUUUCUCACAUUCUUACAGGAUACAUUGGCUCCAGUUCAUUCCUAGAGAAAGUCAGUGAAAUUGUGUUGGACUUGCGGAAACAUAAUCCAAACCUGAUAUUUGCAUGUGACCCUGUUAUGGGAGACAAUGGAAAACUAUACGUAAAGCCUGAGAUGUUACCAGUGUACAGAGAUAAAGUGGUGCCCCUGGCAGACAUUGUCACACCCAAUCAGUUUGAGGCAGAAUUGUUGUCUGGGGUGAAAAUUACAUCAGAGGCUGAGGCCUUGUUAGCCAUGGAGAAACUUCAUCAGUGUGGGCCGAAGACCGUAGUGCUUUCGAGUACUAACCUGGGAAGUGAAGGACAUCUGCUAUGUAUGGCCAGCUCUGUCAGGAAUGGCAAACGUGAAUGUUACAAAUUACAGUUCCCAUUGUUACCAGCGUACUUCAGCGGAACGGGAGACUUGUUCUCUGCCUUACUCCUGGCAUGGCUGCAGAGAGAUGAUGACUUGAAGCUUGCUCUGGAGAAGACAGUAGCUUCUGUACAGGCAGUUGUGAAGAGGACGAUGGAGUAUGCACAAGCCCAACACAAGAACGAUGAAGCAUUAUCUAAACCCUCCCCAGAUUCCAUGGAGCUCAGACUGGUCCAAAGUAAAACUGACAUAGAAAAUCCAACAAUAGUCUACAAGGCCUCAAGCAUUCCUCUUUGACACAUAGCAUAAUGUUAGACUAAUAAUUGUUUUGAGAUUUACAAAUUUUUAUUAUACCCUUUUACCCCUCUGAAAUUUUAGACCACUAAAAAGCAUAUCAUGUGUAGGUUGAUUUAUUUUUAGAAUGAGAAUUUCAAUUAAGUGAUUAUAUUUGGUGGAUCAACUGUGAACAUUACACCUCUAAAAUUUUGUCACUACAUGACUUUCAGUAUACGUCAGCAAUGUGAUGUCUCUUUGUGGCUUGACAUCACAACAGAGUAGGGUCAAUUCAUCAAAUUUAUUUAUUUAUUUAUUUAUUUGAUUGGUGUUUUAUGCCGUACUCAAGAAUAUUUCACUUAUACGACGUCGGCCAACAUUAUGGUGGGAGGAAACCGGGCAGAGCCCGGCAGAAACCAACGACCAUCUUCAGGUUGCGAACAGACCUUACCACAUACGGCCGCAUCAAAUUUCACAUAGGUUGGUACAUACAAUCAUUGAAAAGCAACCUUAGAUAAUCAUUAUGUUCUUCAGUGUCCCUAUGUUGCCAGGUGCAAAAAUAUUGGAAUUCUGCCAACAGUUUUACAUAGAUACAUGAACCUCUGUGUUAAAAGAUACAUGUAGCUAAGUAAACCCUGUUGUGGCAUAAAACAGUGAUGUGCUGGCUCAAAGAGAAUUCACUCAGGCUGCAUUGUCGUAAUCUUCUACUCUCAAAAUUGAAUAUUACCUAACAAAGUUAAGAAAUAAAGGAAAAUGUACAUAUAAUUAAAAUAAUAAAUAAGUUUUAAGGUAUCCAUGUGUAUAAAUUGUCUUCAAACUGCCUUUUCUGAAAGUCAGGGACCUACAUGUACCAGAUAUGGUGGUUUUUUCAAUUCUGUUCCCAGUGUUCUCAUACUAUACGGUAGGUUGUGUAUUCGUAAGUACAAUGAAUGUAAAGCAAAAAUCAUAUCCAUGAAAAUACUAAAAUAUACAAGGUUUUGGCGUAAUGGUGGCUAGUGUUGGUUAUUGUCACUUUCACAUUAAAAAAAAACCAGGAAUAAAAAGCAUGAAUACUGAUCAUCACUCUCUUCUGGAUUUUAAGAUAAAUAUCAAAACAUUGAUGUGUGGGGGAGAAAAACUUUUCUUGGUACAUGUUAAUCUAACCUGACAUUUUGUUUUUGUUGUCAAAUAAGCAAUAAUAAUAAAGUUUCAAGCAUGUUGUUAAGACAGUAUACAUGUAUGUAGAUAAAUUGUACACUAUUUGAAAAAAUUUCUGUUUUUGUUCCAAAUUUUUUUUUGUCAUCCAUGACUUUCGUGGUUCAUUAAAUUCUCAUUAAACUUUCAAUAAAAUGUUUAUCAUUUUUAGGUGUGCCGAAGCAGUUUGUUGAUUUCUUACUUUUUCCAGUCUAGGAAAUACAUUCAUUGGCUGAGUACACCAGAAAUGUUGAUAAAGUUGCAGUGUAGUUAACUGCUUAGUCUCUGACAGUGGAGGCUGAAAAGUUAAAGUUAGCAUUCCAAUGGUUCUGGCAUUUUAUCAAUUCUGCAUUUCUUUACUGUAUACUGGUACAGCUUUUAACAGUUCCAAACAUUUUCAUUAAGGUAGCAUAACAGUUAAGUUGCCACUGUUAGCUGUUCAGAUGUUGUACAAUGUUACAGUUAUCCCACUCAGGACUCAUUAUUAAAACUGCAUGAAUCCUUAACCAAUCUUCCAGCUAUUCCUUAUGUAUAAAGCAACUAUGUUAAUUGUUUUAAGGAUGAUUAUAUAUUGCAGUA